AUGCAAGAUGCCUUUCUGAUGACUCUUCGCAUUCAAGAGCUGCAGCGGCAGCACGAGGCAAUCACUAUGGGCAAGGCGGCGGGGGCUGCUGCUGCUGCUGCUGCUGCAGCUCCUGCUGCUGCUGCUGCCGCAGUGCCAGCCCCUUCGCAGGCUGCGCUCACUGCCGCAGGGGCGCCUCCCCAGGGAACUGGCAACGACGAGUCAGCAGCAGCAGCAGCAGCAGCAGCUGCUGCUGCUGCUGCUGCUGCUGCCCCGGGGAUUCCUGGGGCUGUCUGCCUCCCCUCCCCUGCUGACACUUUUGCUGCUGCUGGGACUCGAGCUGCUGGCAGCAACUUUGCAGCGCCCAUGGGGGUCCCCUCUCCUUCCUCUUUGGCUGCCCCGGGGCCCCGGGGCCCCGGCCUUUCUGCUGCUGCUGCUGCUGCUGCUGCAGCAUACUGCCCCCCGAAGUCUCCCCACCUGGCAGCAGCAGCAGCACCUCCGCAUGACCCGCAGCAGCAAACUCACCAACAGGCAAAGGCUGCCCUGCAGCCGCAGCCCCACCUGGCCCAGCCAAUGCAGGGCCAGCAGCAGCAGCAGAUGGUCCAGCAGCAGCAGCAGUUCCUUCAGCAGCAGCAGAUGCUGCAGCAGCAGCAACGCCAGAUGAUGCAGCAGCAGCCCCAGGCGCCUUACCUACAGAAACAGCCGCAUGCACCGGCCCCAACACAGCCGCCUCCGCCGCAGCAGCAGCAGCAGCAAGUGCUGCAGCAGCAGCCAAUGGGGCAAAUGCCCGUGGGCCUCAAUCCUAUGUAG